AAUAUAAAUUGAAGUGUGGAAAAAGGAAAGGAAAAGAAACCCUAGCAAACGUAAAGGCCGAAACGUAAAAAGCCCUAGCUCAGAGACGGGCUUGUGAGCGAUUGCAACCUUCGGCGAGGUCCACCAGCUCCGGCAACCUCCAGUUUCUCUUCCGGCAACACAAACCUCUCUUUUUUCGAGAUCAAUCUCUUAUUGACCCAAAGCUCCACAUUCUGUUUUGAAGUUGCUGCCACGGAUUAGUCAGUUUGUACUUGUACAUACAAUCUUGACAUUUCGUUUAUCAAAUUUGCUUCUGUAAUGGGAAAGAAGAAAAUAGAAGAGACUGGUGCAGCCAUGAAGGUUAAGCCGGGUAGUAAAGAUGGCCUUAAAGAUCAAAAGAAAGAGAAACUUUCAGUUUCAGCCAUGCUUGCUAGCAUGGAUCAGAAAACAGAGAAACCCAAGAAAGGAUCCUCCUCCUCAAGCGCUGCUUCCGGUAAGCCCAAGGCAAAAGCAGCUCCAAAACCAUCAUACACUGAUGGCAUUGAUCUCCCACCAUCUGAUGAUGAUGAUGAUGAUGAUGAUGUGUAUGCUUCUCAAGAAGAGCAACAAGAAGAUGGAGUCUUCAGACGACCUAACCAGCAACAGAGGUCAGAAAUAAGGCCAAUUGGGAUCUCUAUGGCCAAUAAAGAGUUGAAGAAACGGGAGAAGAAAGACUUGCUUGCUGCCCAUGCUGUUGAGCAAGCCAAGCAGCAGGCUCUCAAGGAUGACCAUGAUGCUUUCACUGUAGUAAUUGGUAGCCGUGCCGCUGUUCUUGAUGGUGAAGAUGAAGCUGAUGCUAAUGUCAAGGAUAUAACAAUAGAUAAUUUCUCUGUGUCAGCUCGUGGAAAGGAGCUCAUGAAGAAUGCGUCUGUAAAGAUAUCACAUGGGAAGAGGUACGGUUUGGUUGGGCCCAAUGGGAUGGGCAAGUCUACACUGUUGAAGCUCCUUGCAUGGAGGAAGAUCCCAGUGCCUAGGAAUAUUGAUGUACUUUUAGUUGAACAAGAGGUGAUUGGUGAUGAUAAAACUGCCCUUGAAGCAGUUGUUUCAGCGAAUGAAGAACUUGUAAAACUUCGAGCAGAGGUCGCUGCCCUGCAGAAUUCAUCUUCUGUGACGGGGUUUGAUAACAAAGAUGAUGAUGAUGGGGAUGAUGCAGGAGAGAAGCUUGCUGAAUUGUAUGAGAGAAUGCAGAUAAUGGGGUCAGAUGCUGCUGAGUCUCAGGCAUCAAAAAUUCUGGCUGGGUUGGGAUUCACUAAGGAUAUGCAAAGCCGACCUACUAGGUCAUUUAGUGGUGGUUGGAGGAUGAGAAUAUCAUUGGCCAGGGCGCUUUUUGUGCAACCAACUCUUUUAUUGCUGGAUGAACCUACCAACCAUCUUGACCUUCGGGCUGUCCUCUGGUUGGAGGAGUACUUGUGCCGCUGGAAGAAAACUCUUGUUGUUGUUUCACAUGAUCGGGAUUUUCUCAACACUGUCUGUGUUGAGAUCAUACAUCUCCAUGAUUUGAAACUGCACUUCUACCGUGGCAAUUUUGAUGAUUUUGAAAGUGGGUAUGAGCAGCGUCGCAAAGAGAUGAACAAGAAGUUCGAGAUUUAUGACAAGCAACUGAAAGCUGCCAAGAGAACAGGGAAUCGCGCUCAGCAGGAAAAGGUCAAGGAUAGGGCAAAGUUUGCAGCUGCCAAGGAAGCAUCAAAGAGCAAGGCAAAGGGCAAAGUUGACGAGGAUGAGAACCUACCAGAGGCUCCGAAGAAGUGGAAAGAUUACAGUGUGGAAUUUCACUUCCCUGAACCUACUGAGCUUACGCCACCCCUUUUGCAACUCAUAGAAGUCAGCUUCAGUUAUCCGAAUCGAGCGGAUUUCAGGCUGUCUGAUGUUGAUGUGGGCAUUGAUAUGGGGACUCGUGUUGCUAUUAUUGGGCCUAAUGGAGCUGGGAAAUCUACUCUGCUCAAUCUUCUUGCUGGUGAUUUGGUUCCAACUGAGGGUGAAGUACGCAGGAGUCAAAAGUUGAGGAUUGGAAGGUAUUCACAGCACUUUGUGGACCUUUUAACGAUGGAGGAAACACCAGUUCAGUAUCUUCUUCGUCUUCAUCCAGAGCAAGAGGGACUUAGCAAGCAGGAGGCUGUCCGUGCAAAACUCGGGAAAUUUGGACUCCCAAGCCAUAACCACCUCACCCCUAUUGCAAAAUUAUCGGGAGGGCAGAAAUCCCGGGUUGUUUUCACUUCAAUUUCCAUGUCAAAGCCGCAUAUUCUUCUUUUGGAUGAGCCGACAAAUCACUUGGACAUGCAGAGCAUUGAUGCACUGGCUGAUGCACUUGAUGAAUUCACUGGCGGAGUUGUCCUGGUUAGUCAUGAUUCUAGGCUGAUAUCACGAGUAUGUGACGAUGAAGAGAGGAGUGAAAUUUGGGUGGUAGAAAAUGGAACUGUGAGUUCUUUCCCUGGGACAUUUGAAGAGUACAAAGAAGAACUGCAAAAAGAGAUAAGGGCAGAGGUUGACGAUUGAUAUGGCUUUCAUAACAGGUAUUCAUUUCUUCGAUGACAAAAUAAGCUCUUCCAUCCACUUGAAGAUCAUACAAGGCAGAUUUUGUUUUCUAAGCUAUUUGAGUGUAUUUUAUGUGUUCGAAAUAAUAAAAAUUCGAUGGUUCCAUACUUUGUAUACAAUUUUUAAUCUUCUUCGCUUCUUUGUUUCCA